UUCACUUUCUUUUAUUCAUGAAUAAUGAAAAUUCUGACAUGUUUAUGACAUAUGUGCAAAAUAAACUAUAUUUUCAUGUAAAUCGUUUUAUAUAAUUAUUUCCAUGUAUGUUCAUACUGCAUUAUUUGUCAACUAGUUAAGUAUUAAAGCGGACUAAUUAACCCCCAAAAAUAAGAAAACUGAGAGAGUUGUCCUAAUAUUGGUCUCAGUGGUGAAAAAUUAGUAGGGAUUAAAAAAAAUCUAUGGUGGCAGCAGUGAUUAUUGCCAACCCUUGUCGGGCAGUAGAAUUUAGUUUGAUUUCUGGGUUUUAAUUUUAUUUAAAAAUAUCGCGGAUAUCAAAUAAACAAUAAUAAAACAACAAAAAAAUGUUUUCUGAAGUGAUGAGAGAAUAUUCGUGUAUGCAACCAAUUAUACACGGAUUUAAUAACAUUCACCUCAGAUUGUUACCACCACCAUUUGUUUUUAAAACCAAACACUACCUCCUUUUGUUUAUAGUGGCUUUUCAUGUAACAUAUUUCAUUUUAUUUUUUCUUUUGUUAUUAUUAUUAUUUUUUUUGUUAUAUACAUAUUUAUGUUUUAAUCACGUCCUCGUUAACUGUGUACAAAAGAAAGUAUCAAGAGAAUUCCCAAGACGCUAAUAAUGAGUCAUCUUCAUACUCCAUGAGUCAUUGCACAAUAGCGGCAAAUGUUUUCGAUGUUUGUAAACAACAAACAUCGGUUAAAAUUUACCUAAAGCGCUACAAAUAUUAAUAAUAUAAUAAUUCAAUUAAAUUAAUUGCUGUCGUCUUUAAUUAAUUAACAUCCCACGUGGUAUUAAAUCGUUCGAUUACACAUAAUGACUCAACCACGUACAAACAACCUCGACCAGUCCCAACACGUUCCCGGUUACAAUAGUCCUCCGCAGACUCACCUCAGACCCUCAUACUAGUCGUGCUAACGAGAUCACUAACUUCGGCUGUGCUAAAACAAUAAAUUUAAUAUAUUUUUGCUACCCUCCAUAAUUUUUAAUUUAUUUUUUUGUAGAUAUAUUUAAAAUGGUUGUUUCUGAAACGAUUGAAGAUUUCAAAUACAUCCAAGACGCCAACUACAUGUCGGACUACCAACCAUUCCCACCCAGCGAACCCCAGCAAUUGUGCAAUUCCGACUACGCCGGGCCUUACGCUUUCGAGGUCUUCGUUGACCCCAACGUCAUGAAAAACCCAUGGGAGUACUCGGCGCUCCUGAAUAAGAUUUACAUUGACAUGAAGCACAAAUUCCCGAUUAAUUUUAGCGUGAAGAGCCACGAUCCGGAGCAGAAGAUGUUCGUGAGAGUGAUGCCCAUGUUCGAGGAAGAUCGCUACUUUCAAGAGCCGGUGCAUAGAUGUAUUUGUCAUGGGCAGGCCCAGGACCCCACUAACAAUGGGGUGUCGGAAUUGGUCGCACAGCAUAUCAUACGGUGCGACAACCCCAACGCGAGAUAUUUCGGGGAUAAGAAUCUGGGGCGGAGGCUCAGUGUCGUGAUUCCUUUGUCUAGUCCGCAAGUGGGCACUGAUAGUGUUAAGGAGUUCUUUCAUUUUGUCUGCAAGAAUUCGUGCGUUGGGGGGAUGAAUCGCAGGCCGAUUCAGAUUGUAUUUACACUAGAGGAUGUAUGUGGAACGGUUCGUGGCCGCCGUGUCCUGUGUGUUCGUAUUUGCUCGUGCCCGAAACGCGACCGCGAAAAAGAAGAAAAGAAAAGAGAGCAGGAAAACCAUUCUACUACCAGUAGCAAGAAACGAAGAGUGGACAAGAAACUACCCGCACCUCCAUCACCCCCGACAAGCGAUAAUACCGACACGAGGAUUUUUCCUCUUCAGUUGGAUGUAGUGGGCAAAGAAAACUACAAGCAGAUGUUGAAGUUCUGCCAAACCUUGAUGUCCAACGAGAUCUAUGAAGCAAAAAGCGCCAAUCUCGCUCCAUUUGAGAAGUGCCGUGAGCAAGUCACUCAAAUGUUGAAUACUAUACCUGAGUAAUUUACUGCCAUUUGUAUGCUUCUUAGAUUUAGUUUUUUGCCAUUUGUUAUUGUGGUGCUUGGUGGUGAGUUUUUACUGAUUUUGAUCAACAAAAUUGUAAGUAACUCUGAAACUCCACUUGUUUCCAUUUUAUUUGUAGUUUGGAGUGUGGUACAUUCCAUGUUUUAGUAUUUUUUACAUUUUGACAACUUGUGAGUGAUUGACGACUAUGGGGCAAAGUGAAGUCAGCGCCUGAUCAGUCAAUCAUUUAUUGACACACUGAUGUUAGAGCAAAGAAGUCAAAAUUUUUCAAGAAUAUAUUCGUAAUAAAAAGACAAUUUGCUUCUUUGUUCCGCAAUAAUCGUCAAAAUAGUGUUUUAAUUAAUUUGCAAUUCAAACUAUAAUGAUCUACAAUUUGUUUAUUUUUUUACAUUGUGCUAUUUUUAUAUGAUUAUAAUAAACUUUUUACAACUUG